CAGUUGCAUAAAGAACACAGAUGAGAGCUUUCAUUCCCUGCUAAAAAGGAUGCCAUGUCUCUACCAGUGAUUGUCCCUGGGGGCCUCUUUAAAGCUCAGUCUCCUUGAGCGUGGCCUGAGUGAACUGAGGUUAUGAAGUCCGUCCUGGAUGGCCUUGCAGACACCACCUUCCGCACCAUCACCACCGACCUCCUCUAUGUGGGCUCGAAUGACAUUCAGUACGAAGACAUCAAAGGCGACAUGGCAUCCAAAUUAGGGUACUUCCCACAGAAAUUUCCCCUGACUUCCUUCAGGGGAAGUCCCUUCCAAGAGAAGAUGACUGCCGGGGACAGCCCCCAGCUGGUGCCUGCAGACCAGGCGAACAUCACAGAAUUCUACAACAGGUCUCUGUCAUCCUUGCGGGAGAGCGAGGAGAGUGUCCAGUGUGGCGAGAACUUCAUGGACAUGGAGUGCUUCAUGAUCCUGAACCCCAGCCAGCAGCUGGCCAUCGCGGUGCUGUCCCUCACGCUGGGCACCUUCACGGUGCUGGAGAACCUGCUGGUGCUGUGUGUCAUCCUGCACUCUCGCAGCCUGCGCUGCCGGCCCUCCUACCACUUCAUCGGCAGCCUGGCAGUGGCAGACCUGCUGGGCAGCGUCAUCUUCGUCUACAGCUUCGUUGACUUCCAUGUGUUCCACCGCAAGGAUAGUCCCAACGUUUUUCUGUUCAAACUGGGUGGGGUCACGGCCUCCUUCACCGCCUCAGUGGGCAGCCUGUUCCUCACCGCCAUUGACAGGUACAUAUCCAUUCACAGGCCUCUGGCCUACAAGAGGAUCGUCACCAGGCCCAAGGCGGUGGUGGCGUUUUGCCUGAUGUGGACCAUAGCAAUCGUGAUUGCCGUGCUGCCUCUGCUGGGCUGGAACUGCAAGAAGCUGCAGUCGGUGUGCUCAGACAUCUUCCCGCUCAUUGAUGAGACCUACCUGAUGUUCUGGAUUGGCGUUACCAGUGUGCUGCUGCUGUUCAUCGUGUAUGCCUACAUGUACAUUCUCUGGAAGGCACACAGCCACGCUGUGCGCAUGCUGCAGCGCGGUACCCAGAAGAGCAUCAUCAUCCACACGUCUGAGGACGGCAAGGUGCAGGUGACGCGGCCAGACCAGGCCCGCAUGGACAUCAGGCUGGCCAAGACCCUGGUCCUCAUCCUGGUGGUGCUGAUCAUCUGCUGGGGCCCCCUGUUGGCCAUCAUGGUGUAUGACGUCUUCGGGAAGAUGAACAAGCUGGUCAAGACUGUGUUUGCAUUCUGCAGCAUGCUCUGCCUGCUGAACUCCACCGUGAACCCCAUCAUCUACGCUCUGAGGAGCAAGGACCUGCGGCAUGCCUUCCGCAGCAUGUUCCCCGCGUGCGAGGGUGCGGCACAGCCCCUGGAUAACAGCGUGGGAGACUCGGACUGCCUGCACAAGCACGCCAACAACGCCGCCAGCAUGCAUAGGGCCGCGGAGAGCUGCAUCAAGAGCACCGUCAAGAUUGCCAAGGUCACCAUGUCUGUGUCCACAGACACGUCCGCCGAGGCUCUGUGAGCCUGCUGCCUCCCUGGCAGCAUGGGAAAAGAAAGCAUUUGUUUUGUUUUUUAAGCUCAAGAUCUAGAAGAGUCUGUCGUCUCAUUGGUUAUAUAUUUUUAAGUUAACCAUGUUCAGUGAAAGGGUGAUUGUUCACCAUGAUCAUUUAUAAGUUCGCUAAUGUUUCAAUAGUUUAGGUACUCAAACUCUCUUCUCCAGGCAUUCACUGGGAAGAAAGCGUGUUGCUUAAGUUACUGAUCGGCCCUUCGAAGUCUCACUGCAGCAGAGGGAAACUUUCGCCUACACAGUUUGAAGUCUAAGUACCCGUAGAGAAAUAC